AUGGUGUCCGCCGGCUAUGACGUGCGCAAAACCUGUGACCCCAUGCGGUAUGACACAAUAGUGGCAAAGUUUCCACGCAACAUAGUGAAACGUGUCCUACUUUCAAAUCCUACGCAAGAUGGACAACCAAUCGAAAACCUCAUGGGUCAUCUGAAGAAAGAGAUUACCGCUAUAAGUUUUGUGGAGAGCAGAUUAGGCCCCAAGCCUGACAUCAAGGGCACCGCUCCGAAAGACAAGUACGUCGACUCACGUCCUUACUCAAGCGACCAGUGCCUGUUCUGUCAUAAGGAUGUUGGAAGUGUUGCUCUUCCAAUCACAGCAGUUUCGACUGCCAAAAACCAGAUUGUUCCAAAUGCGGACAAAAACACCAUUUGA